UACCUGUCACCAAUUCUACAUAUAAUACCAUAUUAAUUAUCUGGACAUAUAAAUUGUCGUCAGUUUUGCGUAUUAUCUCCUAUAAAUACCACAACCCUUUUAACCCUUAAAUCAUCACAAACCAGAAAAAACAGAGCCAAUAUCACAUUUUCUUUCACCAAAAUGGCUCUGGUUGUGUUCCUUGCUUUGUCGCUGAUCUUUCACGGAGCUCUUGGUGAACUGGUGUGCGAGCGGCUGCCGGAGGAUCUGUGUUCGUUUGCGGUUUCAUCAUCUGGGAAUCGAUGCUUGUUAGAGAAGGACACGUAUAGUGAUGGAAUUGUGAAGCAUCAGUGCAAGACUUCCGAGGUUUUGGUUGAAGGAAUCAUGAGAGAAGUCGUUGAAACCGAUGAUUGUGUUAAUGCUUGUGGUCUUGAUAGGUACACUGUCGGAAUCUCAUCGGAUUCUCUCUUUGACCGUCACUUCACUGCCAAGCUUUGUUCACCGGAUUGUUAUCAGGGUUGCCCCAAUAUUGUUGAUCUCUACUCAAACUUGUUUCUUGGAGAAGGAGCUAAUUUGCCAUUAGCAUGUGAGAAGCAGAGAGCUAAUACGCACCGUUUCAUGAUUGAACUCCAAACCUCUAAUGCAGCAGCACCACAACAAUACUAUGCCCGGAAUUACCUUGGUCCCAGCGCUGAACCAUACCUUUUUGACGACAUUGCUCCAUCUGCUCUGUGAUUACUUGUGUUGAUUGCAGCUGCUACUUAUACAUGCUUUUUAGUUUCUUUCCCCUGUUUAGGGUUGUUAAUUUUAUAAUUUAGAAUCAUUUAAGGAUUAUGGCGUGGUUGUAAUUUGAUGAUAUUGUGAUUUGAGAUUAAUGUGACUACAUUACACUUUGUUUCUUUCAAUAAUAACAAGUUCCUUGACUC